GAAGAGGCGAAUCGGAAUCUAGUGUAGUACGAGCAUGAACGACGGUAUCCGCGACGAGGACGAAGACGAGGGGACAAGGACGACGACGACGACUACCACGACGACGACGGCGACGACGAGGACGCAGCAACGGCGACGAUAAACCACGAAGGUGGCGGGGGUGGCGGUAGGGUUGCUGGUGGUGGUAGUGACAGCGGCAGCAGCAACAACGACGACGACGACGACGACGACGACGACGACGACGACGACGACGACGACGACGAAGAAGAAGACUGUGCACCGUCGUGGAGUCGAUCGGCGGUGGAGUACGCCGUGCGUGUUACUAGUGCGCGUCGUCGUAUCCAAGAUGAAGUCCGAUUCGAAGCCUCUGUUGACAGCUCAGGCAGAGAAGGCGAAUCAUUACACAUACUUGAAGGAAUUCCGUGUCGAGCAAUGUCCCCUCUUCAUACAACGCAAAUGCACACAGCACCGACCCUUCACGUGCUUCAACUGGCACUUUAUGAACCAGCGGAGGCGCAGGCCGGUGAGAAAACGGGACCGCACCUUCAACUACAGCGCGGACAAUUAUUGCACCAAGUACGACGAGACCACGGGCAUCUGCCCCGAUGGGGACGAGUGUCCAUUUCUGCAUCGUACCGCGGGUGAUACAGAGAGACGUUAUCACCUACGUUAUUACAAGACGUGUAUGUGCGUUCACGACACGGACACUCGUGGAUUUUGCGUGAAAAAUGGCCCGCACUGCGCCUUCGCGCACGGCAAUCACGAUCUGCGCCCACCCGUGUACGACAUCAAGGAGAUACAGGCGUUGGAGAAUCCCGAUUCGGAUCCGAACUCAUCGUCCAAUGGGCCUAAUAUACUCGACAAGGAGCGAAAUCUAAUGAACGAGGAUCCAAAGUGGCAGGACACGAAUUACGUCCUGAGCAACUACAAGACCGAGCCGUGCAAGAGACCGCCGAGGCUCUGCCGGCAGGGCUACGCCUGUCCACAAUAUCACAACAGCAAGGACAAGAGGCGCAGUCCACGGAAAUACAAAUAUCGAUCGACACCAUGCCCAAACGUGAAACACGGCGAGGAAUGGGGCGAGCCGGGCAACUGCGAGCAGGGAGAUGCGUGCACGUAUUGUCACACACGGACGGAACAGCAAUUCCAUCCCGAGAUCUACAAGUCUACCAAAUGCAACGACGUGCAACAGGCCGGCUAUUGUCCGCGCGGAGUCUUUUGCGCGUUCGCGCAUGUUGACCGUGAGUGUACACUCAUCAAUCUGUUGCCAACAGAAGAAAUGAGCCUGGCGAGAGAUAUGGCGGUACCUAUAGAUUGCGGGGCGAAUUUGGCGGACAUACUCAGCAACGCUCUUCCACCCGACAAGCGCUCACACGACAAGGACAAGCCGCUUAGUGACAGUAGCAAUGGUAGCGGUGAAGUUUCGGAAUCUGGCAGCAUUAGCAGUUUAGGUAGCAACAGUUCACACAGCAAAGCACCUGGUGCUCAGUUGCAUAAUUCCAAUAAUAACAAUUCCGGCAUAAAUACGGCCGCACAGCAAAAACUUAGCAUACUGUACAACCCCAGUUCUCUCAUACAAGUUAGUGAAAUUCGAAAGCAAAUGAUCGCUAUUGACAGCGAUCCAUUGUUAUCUAAAGCUGAUAAAGCACAACAGAAGCAAGGUCUUUAUAUUGCGUACAAUUUGAAUGGGACAUUAGGAAGUCAUUCUUUAGCAACUACUGUCUCCCCGCUAUCAAAUUCUUUUUACUCAAACGACACCGUCGAGUCUGUAGUAGGAAAUGCAUUAGACGAGUUACAUCUAGAUGACCCGUUAAAUUUAGUCGAUUCAAUUCAUACGAGGGAUACAAAUUCACCGAUCGGCAAUUCGAUAUCAGCAGGCCUAGCUAGCUCUGGUCUACUCGGUAGCUCAGCUCCGGUCAAUAUACCCGGGAUGACUGAACGUUCUGUUUUAACCAAUUUUUCUCCGUCGACCUCGAGUCCGCUUCAACAAUUGCAGACUGGUUUUCUCACCGGAUCGAGAUUCUCUCAUCAAGAUUCUAUAGAAUCUACAUUGCCAUUUAUGAAUCAGAUAUCGGAUCCAUUUAGCAAUCACAUUUCGCAGCUUAGCAGCUCGGCUUCUAAGCUUAGUGGAUUCAAUAGUAGUUUAUUCGAUUUCGCGAGCCAAGGAAUGUCCCCGUCGCGCACGCAACCCACUCUGCCGGCAUCUCCAUUGGUCAAUGCAUUUUCCAUUAGUCCAAGUAAUACAGGAUCGUUAUCCGAGGUACAAAGGCUCAGAGACGAAUUGAGUUCGAGCCGUGCACAAUUAGCAACGUGGGAUGAGCGUAUUAAUCAGGCGCGCGCGGCUUGCGCGGCAUGGCAAUUGGAAAGCGAAGAGGCGAAAAGAAAGGCCAAUAUAGCCGAGCAACAGAGGGACGAGGCUUUAAUGCAGAUGAAAGCACUCAGAGUCGAGAAUGAGACAUCUAAUGGUGGUCCGUAUCUUCAUUCGGUGAGACGAAUAAGCGAGCUCAGGUCGUUAUCGAUAGCUACUUUGAAAUCAAUUCAGUCACAAUUGCGCUCGGAUCUCGAAGAAGUGGAGAAGGUGCUGUAUAGGGAAACGGCAACAAAGUGCAUGGUUUGCGAGGAACAAAAUCGCACGGUCACAUUAUCGCCCUGCAAUCAUUACGUGGUCUGUUCGACGUGCGCUCCGAAUCAACGCGAGUGUCCGUACUGCCAGACUCCAGUCGUCUCGACAAGUUAGGUCCGAACCUCCUCCUCUUAGACUCUCCGAGUUGUUACAAUUUCCGCUUUAUAGAAAGAAAGAAAUAAGAGAAAGGGCGGGGGGCAGUCUUUGAAAAUAAAACAAAAAAUAUCAUGUAAGUAGAGUAUCACGAGUUUGCAAGAACUUGUAUUUUUUAGUACUCUGAUAAAGUAACAAAAUAUGAAAAAAAAGAACCUGUCUCUUAAGCGCGGUAAGCAUGAUAUCAGCCUGCGAGUUAAUAAGGAUUUACCAGUCGCCAAAGUACGAAUAUGGUAGGACUCUUUUCUUUUUAAUCUUCUAAUCUUGUUACAUUACAUGUGUUGAUAUUUUUUUCUUGUUAUUAUUAUUAUUAUUCAGCUAAUAUCACAUUUAAAAAAAAUGCAAUUCUAUAAGAAACGGCAUCCUAAUAGUAUCCUCCAAAAGAAGAAAAUGUUUUAUUUUAUAUAUGAUCUCUCAAAGUACAUACAUACAUACACAUAUAUAUAUAUAUAUAUAUAUAUAUAUAUAUAUAUUUAGCAGGGUGUUAACUAUUACAACAUUUAGCAUUUGCGAUAUAUAAUAAUAAUAAUAAGCAUUUGCGCGGGUGGAUUAAACAGAACAUUUAAUGCGAAGACGAAGAUAUAAUCACAAAGUUUCGGGACCUCGAGAACUAUAUAAUUGUUUAAAACAAAUUAAUUAUAAAGACAUAAACGCAACAAAAAAGUCUUUUUCCCAUUUUGCAUUAAAUAGAAUGGGAGAUAAAAUCUUUUUCUCAAAUGGUUGAGCUGUGAAACGUAUGUCACAGAAGAAAUGAUAUUUCUAUUAUAUUUAAAUAUAUAUAUUUAAUAGGAUUUUCCAAUUGAUUCGUACUGAAUAUAAUAAAAUAUAUAAGUAUUAACAAAUUUUAUAUUUUUUGU